AGAGCGAUUUCAAAGCACAAUCACCCAUUCGACAUCACUCGUCCUUUUCCGUAACAUGCAAACAGCUUGUCCCUGAACGACACGAGUUCGUCCGGAAGGAACCACGUCCACGAACCUGUAGUAUCUAUCUCGCCUGGUGCUCAGUUUCCCUCUACACCAGUCACCUAGCUGUCUCCGGAGACAUGGCGACAUCCCAGAAGUUGACAGAACACUUCCUGACAUGCACCAUAUGUACAGAGGUGUUUGAUAAGCCCUGUACACUUGUAUGUAAUCACACCUUCUGUCGGAAAUGUGUCGUCAACUACACCAAAACCAGACCAGAAGCCAUCAGUGCCAAGUUCCUCCUGUGUCCAUUCUGCAGGAAGAUGACGAAAGUGUCUGACCCUGAGUGACCAGUGGAGGAGUGGGCGGGUGACGUCAAGCCUAUCUUUGUCAUCCAGGGACUGUUGGACUCGUUUGGCCCUGGAUCUAAAGAUACGACUAACUGCAGUUAUUGUAAGGAGGAAGGGGAGACAACUCCAGCUACAUCUUGGUGUUCUGUUUGUGACGACGCACUGUGUGAACGAUGUACACGGAUGCACCAACGAAUCCCAUCUACUCGUCACCAUGACGUAGUUGACCUGUCUGGAGAGACAAAGGUCAAGGUGAAUAGUAAGGUCAUAUGUAAAGUUCACAAGAAUAAAAGGAUCAAAUAUCUUUGUGAAGAUUGUAAAACAGCUGUUUGUCAAACAUGCUGCACCAUACAUCACAGGAAAUGUGAGUUAGUUGUUGAAAUUGAGUCAGAGAUUCCUGCAAUGAAAACCGAGCUGAGAAAGAAUAUAAAGAAUUUGUUAAAGAAACACGAUGAGAUGAAAACACAUGUUGGAAAACAAACCUACAAAGUUGGUGAAGAAUUGGCUCCUUAUGUACAAAUAGAAUCGAAUAUCAAGUCUGCAAGUCUCACAGCAAUAGAGGUGAUCAAAGUCAAGGAACUGAAGCUUCUGUCUGAACUGAAAGAGAUGUCUGACAGACACAUUGGACAACUGAAGGCAGACAUAAAGUCGGGUGAGAUGUCGGUACAGAUGUACCAACAACAGACUGAGCUGAUAGACCAGGCUCUACAAUCUGAGUGUGACAUGGAUGUGUAUGAGAUGUAUCUGGGAUGUGAGGUCUGUGAUGUGGAGGCUGUCGGAGUCGUCGAGGUGAAGGAGAAGGGAAGAAUAGACAUGAUAACAUUCAGACAGGACACAGACAAGCUGAGUAGAGCACUGGAAGAUCUCCAUCUGGGUGAGAUACACGUCCAGUAUGACGAUGUGCUGGACCUGAAGGCUGCUCCUGUGUUACAGGACACCAUUGACGUGACAGUAGCAGGAGAUGCCGGUCGAGGAGACCCCGCUGACGUGACGGUGUUAGAGGUGAAUGGUACAGACACAGUGGUAGUUACAGACUACAACAACAACAGUGUAAAGUCCUUCUACACCAGGAACAGUCAGCCAGGUCAAAGCAAGCUCAGUCUGGGAGGUAGACCCUAUAGUAUAACAAGGCUGAAACACAACCAGGUGGCUGUCACUGUGCUGAAGACCAGUCAGAUUGUAACAGUUGAAGUGACCCCUGACCUGGUGCUGCUGUUGACCAUCACAACCAACAAACAGUACUGGGUAUAACGUCUCUGACACCAUCAACACUAGCAACAUGUUCCCACUCCCCCU